AUGACGAAGUCCAUAUAUGACAAGUUCUGCCCACGGGUCGAGUUGCUUGAAGACUGGGCUGAUCUGAGGGAUUCCCGUUCAUUGCUGGAGGUGAUGCCAUCUACUCACACGGUGCUAAGUCCACUGCUCAGACUUACGCCUGAAGACGUGGAUUUUCCAACGCCGAUAAAGGUGGAAGUGCCCACAUGUAGUGGCGCUGAGAGUGCAUGGCGAUCAACUGCUACCGGGUGGGAGAACGUGGAGAUCAGUUUUGUCCGUGGUUGCGCUAUCCUGGUUCUGAGGAAUUUCUGCGAUGUAGUUGUCAGCGGCCGAUGCGCUAUCAGAGCCAUGGGUUUCAUAAAGCUCGACCAGCCUGUGGCGAAGCUGGCGGUGAUGCACGUCGGAUGCGAGGGAUGCAGAUCUGUUCUGAAUCAAUAUUGCAACGACGAUGAGGAAUUGCGAGGAUUCCGCGAGUGCGGCCCCACUGCUAGACUUGGCACCUAUAACCAUGAUGAAAACCUGAACAUCAAGGUCCCCGGCGCUGGAUGUGUCCAGCUGAAAAUGCGGUUCCACCGUUUUCCGCUAGUUUCGCCCAAGUUGGACACUCCAUCGAAGAUAUCCUUUAGUGUUGAGAUUGACGGAGACACUUUUGACUUUGAAGAGCUAGAGCUGAAACCACGUCCACCGAACACACAGGCCCCGAGAUUUCGGCGCCGCCCAAACUGCGGUUAUAAGCCGAAUUCAGGUCCAUCUGCCCCAGAGGUUGGUCCAAGCCAUGCUGCGUCAAGUUCUGCCAGUGGCCAUGCAUCUUCGCCGCUGUUGCAGUCUGCCCCAAGACGGCGCCAUUCAGCUCCAGUGGCCCAGGAGGCCCAGGAGGUGGGUCCCACCAGUGCUGUGUCAACUGCUGGCCCGACUUCUGCUGGCAAUAGACCUUCGCUGCAGUCUGUACAAGCAUCACAGCCUGAAGGGCAUUUGCUUCUAAGUGGCCGUUUCAAGAGCGACCGCAUUUUUACCGCCGAGCAGAUCAUGGGCUACAUGAAGAUGGUGGGGGCCCGGUUGGCGGUUCGUGGCGUGCCGACCUUCAUGGUUGAGGCAAAGCCCGGCCAAAGUUUCGCCGAGCUAACGCGCAUGGGUCUGGGCCGUGCCAAAGGCAUGGUGGCUUUUUGUACAGCAGAAUACGGAGCGUACACUGGAGCUGGAUAUGAGACGUUUCGUGAGCUGGAAUAUGCUCAUGACAAAGAGUUGCUUCUCAUUCCAAUUAGACUUUGUGAAGUGUGGCCGCCGGCGCCAACUGAUAAUGAAAGAGGGACCUGGCAGAACAAACUGGUGUUCACAAACGGUCUCGUGUACAUAGACGACCAGCGGAUGCAGAAUGCUGAAGGUGUUGCUGAUCAGAUUGCUGAUUCUGUCGAACACUUAGGAAUCUUCUGA